CGCGGCGGCAAUUGCUGCUGGCUGUGAUUGGCGCGAGGGCUUAGUUCCAUCCAGGUGGGAGGGGCGGCUCGCUCUCGGUCUCUCUGUGUCUCCUUUGCAAGCUGAGCAGUAAGUAGCAUCUGCUGCUGUGCGCGAGACCAGGCAAGGAGCAUGUCUGCAGGCAGGGCCAAGAAAGUGAAGAUGGCCACCAAGUCCUGCCCAGAGUGCGACCAGCAGGUUCCUGUUGCAUGCAAAUCCUGUCCGUGCGGCUAUAUAUUUAUCAGUCGAAAACUCUUGCAUGCUAAACGUUCUGAAAGGCUGCCGUCCUCAGAAAGCAGAAGUGAAGCUAAGAGGAGACGGACAGAGAGAGUCACAAGAGAAAGGAUAAACUCCGUGGUAAAUAAAGACUUAGAAAACAGGAGAAGAUCCAGAUCAAACAGCCAUUCGGAUCACAGUAGAAGAGGAAGAGGGCGACCAAAGACGGCCUCAGCAAAAAAACACGAGGAGGAAAGAGAGAAACAAGAGAAAGAAGUUGACAUGUAUGCAAACCUAUCUGACGAAAAGGCUUUCGUAUUUUCCGUGGCCUUGGCAGAAAUAAACAGAAAAAUAAUCAACCAGAGGCUUAUUCUGUGAUUGUCUGGCCCAGGACCUAUGCAUGCUAUGGUGUUUAAGCCAGGCAGUGGAUUUCGAACUGUCGGUGGCCUCUCCAGCAAGGAAUGCCGUUUCCUGCCUUAGUGAAGGCUGUAUGUCUUUUUUCCUUGCUGAUCUUCUGCUGUGGCUGUUUGGAUCAUGCAGAC